AAAUAUACCUUCUAUUGACCCAAAAUGCUAAGUGGCAAUGUAAUGCUGCCAUUAAUUUAAAACCGUCACAUAAUGCCAGCAGAGUUUGCUACUGUGCAUUUUUCUUGUGUUUUUCCCUCUGCACUGUACUAUAGCCAAGUCUCAUUGAGCUAAUUAGAUUGAUGCAUCAACUUUUUCCUAUGGAACAAGAGAGGAUAAGUAAAAAGCAGAAAGUUUUAUUUUAUUUUUUACUUGUACUGAAUGGCUAGUGAGGACAGUUCAAUGGUUCCUACAAAUUAUUCUGUACUCCGCACUAUAAAGGAACUUUUUUUGGCACUGUGAAUUCCUGAGGACUUUGUCAAACUGAAAACUGCUUGGAAACCUGAAGGACUCUAAAUUUAGCUUCAUGGUGACUACAAAACCCGGUUCUGUUUACAGUUCUUGUCCGUUGAUUGAGUUAUGUUAUAUCAUAUUACAGGUUGUCCAGAUGUGUUUCUUUUGAAGUAUUUUUUAAAUAAAUCUUCCACCAGUUUAUAAAUCUAACCUGACAUGAAGCUUCAUUUCCAAGUGUAUGACCUCUUUAUCUUUACUUUCCCCCUACAUGUAGGACCAGAGUUAUUUAGCUCAAAGAGCUUUGCGGUUCAAGCCCAGAAGAAGAUUCUGAGCAAGAUGGCAACAAAGUCCAUGGCAAAUAUGCUUAUUGACGAUACAAGCAGUGAAAUCUUUGACGAGCUUUUUAAAGCAACCAAGGAACACGUAAGGAAUAAGAAAGAAGCUCACAAAAUCCUUAAGGACCUCAUAAAAGUCGCAGUAAAAGUUGGCAUUUUGUACAGGAACAACCAGUUCAGCCCGGAGGAACUGGAAAUUGUGGAAAAAUUCAGGAAAAGGCUGAAUCAGACAGCAAUGACUGCUGUGAGCUUCUACGAAGUUGAGUACACGUUCGAUAAGAAUGUGCUGUCUGGACUCCUUCAAGAAUGUAAAUCACUUUUACAUGAUUUAGUGCAACGUCACCUGACACCAAAAUCUCACAGUCGAAUCAACAGGGUUUUCAAUCACUUUGCAGAUGUUGAAUUUCUUACUGCCCUCUACAGCCUUGAUGGGAAUUGCAGGCCAUACCUCAAAAGGCUAUGUGAGGGAGUGAAUAAACUCCUUGAUGAAAAGAUCCUUUAAAAAAUUGCCUUUGAACUUCUCAUGUUUGCAUAAUGUUGUAAGAAAAUGGAAUAUUAUUGAUAUUAUUUCAGGUGGCAAGAUAACAGCAGAUGUCUGUAGAGAAUGCAAUGUGUGAAUACUUAAUUUUUGUUUUGUUUUUUUGGUUCUAUGUUCUGGAAUUACUUGGAUAUUUUUAUUUUUUAUUAUAUGUAAUGAAUGAGGCAUUCAUCCGCAAUCACCAGUAUAUUCCCUUAAGCAAGGAGAAAAAUAGAUCGUACAAUAAUUUUUUUGUAAACUUUGACUGAUGUCAUCGACAGACCAUUUCAAAUUGUUUGUGAGUUUAAGAACCCAUGGUACUCCAAGAAAGGAAUGUUGAGUGUGAUCAUUUCUGUCAGUGGACAGUGCUUGAACUCUUCUGGUUUUGGGGGAUUUUAAACCCUCUGCUUCACCACUUGCUUUUAUGUUUUCAUUUACUCUUAAAUCUAUGAAACCGUGCAGCUUGCCAAUAAAAGCAAAAAUGUUGCAUGACACAGAGUUGUGUAUGAAUGUACAAGAAAAGGGUCGCCAAAAUUACAGUAAACCAGAAAUUUGAAAUCAAUGUAAUGAGUUGGGAAAAUGCUUUGUAUGAACAAUUGUGUUCCCUAAAAUUCGCAAUUUUUCAUAUGCCAGUAUUUGUUUGAUAACCUAGUAUUAUAGAA